GAAAAAUGAAAAAGCAACAGCUGAUUGCAAAUUCUUUCUCCCACCUCCACACCCACUCUAAGGCAGGGCUCCUGUUGCUUGCUCCAUGCUUGACUGGCCUUUUUAUCUUUCUCCCUCCACCAGUCAGAGAGAAGAGGACUGUACACAGGACCAUGGGGGGAGGGGAGAGGAAGGGGAGGGGGUAUCUGGGCCUGAAGCUACCCAGAAGCCAUUAGACAGCUGAGACGGAUGCAUCUGGGUCCCCAGACUUAACAAGCGCAGCCCAGCCCUGCCACGCACACAAACACACACACAUCACACAGAGAACACUUUAUUCCUGCCUGCCUGGACUCCCACACAGAGGAAGAGAGGGAGGAGGGUAAAAAGCAAACGUUUAUUUGCAACCCCCUAUUUUGCCCCACCCCCAUCACUCCUAGUAACCUGAGACUUCUUGGGCCUCCUGGGAUUUUUUGGGAGACUGGGACUCUAUAAAGACACCACCAUGGAGAUGGUGCUGACCUUUCUAUGCAGCUUAUUGGUUCCUGUGAUUCUGGCCAGUGCUGAUCAGAAGAAAGAAAAAGAUCCCUUUCACUAUGAUUACCAGAGUCUGAGGAUUGGAGGCUUGGUGUUUGCUGUGGUCCUGUUUUCAGUUGGGAUUCUCCUCAUCCUGAGUCGGAGAUGCAAGUGCAGUUUCAAUCAGAAGCCCAGAGCUCCUGGAGAUGAGGAAGCCCAGGUGGAGAACCUGAUAACUUCAAAUGCCACAGAACCACAGAAAGUGGAGAACUGAGGUGUCCAUCAGGCAAGAAGCCACCAAUCCCUAAGACCACUGCUCAACCCCCUAGAUGCCAACGUUGAUGCUUGAAAAACCUGGAACCAUAGCAGCAAAACAUUUCCCAGGAGAAGCCAAGAAGUCAUGUGUCUGUUCCCGUUCAUUUCCUCCAAAACUGGCCCAUGACUUCACUAGACAAACUAAUGCUCAUGCUCUUCUUAGCCUACUGUCUUGUCUAAUUUGUGUGAUGUGUAUGUGUGUGGUUGGUCAAUAUGGUCUUUGUGGCUCGAUGUUUGUGGAUGAUAUCGUGUCCCUAGUAAAACUUGGACUAGCUUUCCCCAGGGCCAGGAGCUGGGUCAUCCAUCCAUCCAUCCGUCACCAUAGUCUUCUCUUCCUAUCUGCAUCCUUCCCCUCUUGCUUAGAGAAGGCUUCUAUUUCCCAAGGGAUCCAGCAGUUCUUUCUGUUGAUUUGUAUGGAUACAGAAGGACAGGAUAUACAUUUCUGAUUAUCUUAAGUCUCCCAGAGAUUGGCAGGAUAAGUGGUAUAGUCAGUUCUCUUAUUUUGUGGUCUUUCACCUCUCAUGCCUGUAACAGCUCCAUUAUUCUGCCUGUCAGCCUGGUCUGAAGAUGCGUACUCACUGGUACAAGCCCAAGGCAGCUCAGAGUUGCGCUCUUGCCUCUGGGGAAGAAGGGUCCCGCUUUCCCCCCUCUCAGAACCAUAGGCACUGAGAUGUCAUCUAGGAAACCCCUCCUCUAGUGCAAUAAUUCCCCCUACAACAAUCCUCAUAUACGGUUUGUCACCUAAUCCCUGCAUGAGCACCUUGAGAUGGGGAUGUUGAUAACCGUUCAAGGUAGGCUGUGCCAUUGUUGGAUUGUUUUGAUCAGAAAGCUUUCCUUUAUAUUUUGAAUCAAAAUCUAUUUGAUUUUGAUUCCAUUGUGAGUCUGGCUUUUAUCUUGGCUUUUUUCCUUGCUAGCAACUCCAGUCAUAAUCCUUCAUUUGCCAUACUCCAAACUGGGAAAAGCCAGAGUGUCACAGCGACAUUUAAAGUCUCUGUCCUUCUUCCAUGACAACCCUACCCACCCACUCCAAUCAAAAAGAAAGGGAAGGUUUUGCGAUUCUGUGGGUAGUCUCUCUCUUGUCUUGCUUUUCAGAAUCUCAGCAAUAGCCCCAGCAUCUCUGACACCUAACACUACUCUGAAAAACAAAUCUUGCUUUGGGGACCUCAAUUUCAAUGUCCCAGGGCCAUCUGAACUCAGAACUCCUGUCCCUUGUUUUUGUGAAACAGGAACUGUGGCAACGAUUGAUUAUUGUGCUUCAUUAGGGGUAUUUGGUCAUAAUAUGUAGAGGCUAUCUGUCCCCCAUUGCUAUUUUCUCUGUGGUUGAGUGGAAGCUAAAGUUGCAGAAUGAGAAACUAUGGGGAUGGUGGGGAGGGGUAGAUAGAGAGGAACAAAGGGAAAAGAGGAGGUCAGAAAGAGAGAGAGAGAGAGGUUAAGAGAGAGAGAGAGAGAGAGAGAGAGAAUCAUUCAGUCUAUUCCAACAAUCACCCUGACUUUAAUUGUCAUCUCCCUAUGUCUCUUUCUCAAUAACUGCCCUUCUAUGUUUGCUCUGCACACUGACUCCUGUACUCAGAAUGGUGGCGAUAAUUUAGGUGAUUACAUGAGGUGGCUGUUUAUUUUGUCCUCUCAAAAAUCUAGCCCUUGUUACCCCAAAUGUGUGUCAUAAAUGGUGCAACCUUGAGUAUUGUAAUGUAAAUGGAAAAGAAAGCCACAAUCUGCUUCCCUACCACCCUUGUGUUCUUGUGGAAACUAAGCAAACCGUACUGCUGUGAUCAAAGACUGUCAUAUUCUGUAUUGUGAUCUAGAUUAUCCUGAAAAAAAAAAAGAAUAAAGUAUCAUUUCUAUCCUA